GCGGAAGGCGUGGUGACGUGCUCCAUGCUCUGUGACGUACUUUGUCACAGAGACUCUGCCGUACGAAGCCCAAAUUCAUGACGUCAGUUUUUUUCUGUGGGACAUUUAUCGAUCUUCGAUAUUAUUUGGGAGCAAUUUUGGCCUGGAUACAAGCUACUGUAUCUGGCAACUGUGUCUGUCGAUUUUAUUCAAAAACAUUUUUAACCACACCAGCGCAGUAACUUUCCCCCAAAUAUUUGUUGUGUGGAAAAUACAAAGUACGACAAUUUCGACAACAUCCACGCCGGGAUCGGGAGCAGCUACGCGGCCUGUGAAAGGUAAGUUUGUCCUGGUCGGUGGUACGUCACCGCCGUUCGCUCCGCUGUGGUGGUAAUGGCGGCUGUUGGCUUCUGGUUAACUCUUCUCUGCCGCCUCACAUAUGAGUUUACUUAGCUGGACUGCUCCCCCGUGUUGCUGACGUCUCUUGACGCGGUGAGCAGAGUGCCAGUAACAGAGUUGCAUACAUUUGCUCACCAGAGACUCAUACAAGUUCGUCCGUCCUGUGAAGCACAGCGGCGGGAAGCGGAUCUAACUGUUGACUUGAGCCCUUCAAAGAGUACACUUUUUUUUUUUAGCACGUUAACUAAACAAACUCGACGCUCAGUUACAACGUCUUCGCUCAAUCCAAACUUUUUGUUUUGUUUUGAAUGGAGUCGCCCACAGUUUGAAAUGGUAAAGUUAGAAUAGGGCGGAAGGGGUUGCUUUUAAAAGUGGGUUUACGGCGUAUGGGGCCUACUAAUGUGCGGGUACAGUUGGACAUAAAAGCGGCAAAAACUACAACGGUCUAAAGAGGAAGUUCCUCAAAACUGGCUUUAAUAUUUCGGCUGUGGAUAAAGCGGAAGUGCUGUGUUUCAAACCGAAUAAAAUAAUUGUGGCAUUUAUAAGAGGUGGGCAGAUCGAUCUAAGUAAGCAUGCCAGUGCUGCAUGGGAUCGAUAAUUGGCUGUUCUCUACAGUGAUACCUCGGUUUCGUUAUUAAGCCUUUCCAAUGAACCCUCCUAUUUAUUACUCACAUGUGACCCUUCCAAAAUGUUUGCCUCCACAAAAUGAUUUACACAAAAUUGUUGACCAAGUUUUUGUGUCAAAUACUUGAGUUUAUUUUUAUAAUAAGCCCUUGAUAUGAAACCCUGACCUGUCUUCUAGCGCCACCAUCAGGCCAAAGUCUGACAUUUGCAUGAAUUUAUUUAAGAAAGUUUCCAUACAAAUCUUGAAGUGACAACAUGAAUGAUUAUGAACACUAUUGGUUUUGGUGAUGAUAUCACCUUUCCUUUCCUGCAGCACCACCAUCACAUCACACUUGCAGUUUUAUUUUGAAAUCUUUCAUCCAAAUCUUUUCCCGUGUGUGUGAGAGGGGGUUUACUUUCUUCUUCUUGGCUACUUUGGCGUUCCCAGGCCAGUUGAGAGACCUAGUCUGUCCAACAUGUCCUUGUUCUUCCCGAGGCCUCCCUAUCCUUAAAGGAAAGACCAGCCACCAUCCAGAGGAAACUUUUUUCGGGCUCUUCCUUGAACUGCCAUCUUAUUGUGGUGGAGUCUCAGUGAUCCUAGGCGCUAAGUUGCCAGGCGCAUUUAUGACCCUAGUAGUGCCACCCAAGACAAACAGGGCCUAGAGGACGGACCAGACAAUGUUAAAACAUGACAAAGAAAAAAACUGUCUCGUGAUAAUGAAUACGUUUGCUGGCCUUCAUGUAUUGCCAUGUGCUUGCGUUCUGUUUUCCUUGUCUCUUGCGUCCAAACAGGCAGGAGGAGGGUUCAUUGGUUCAGCACCUACACACUUCAUAGAACAUCUCUGUUCAACAGAACAACAAUGAACGGAGUGAGACCUCUUGUCAGUCACACAAUCACUUUGCCUCUGAGGGGGGAGACUGGGCCACUAGCAUGCACACACAGCAAAAGAGUGGAGCUUCGUGAGAAGCAAUGCAAGGUAACGUGGUAGAAAUUAGGAGGGAAAAAGAUGCUUGCAAAGCCAAAUGCCACCACCCCUGUGUCAGAAUAUUAAUAAUGUGCAAGGUGACCAUCAACACCAACCAGCCAGUAUGCCCAAUUUAUUCAAACGUGGUAGCAACAAAACGAACAAACCCGCUUCAAACAUCCACCCGACACAGCGUUCCCAUUUGGGAAGAAACGAUGCAUGGAGAUGCAGAGCUUUCGUCCCGGCAGUCAAUACUCAGUAUGACGUUUGAUCGGCAGAGUAAAUAACAGCGCUAAAGAGUGUGCUUUCACAGAAUGUCAUGGCAAAAGAAAUGCUGCUCUUUAAUACAGUUGAAAAGCCAAGUGUUUCAAGAAAUGCUGCAACCGUUUGACAGCCUGUGAGAAAAUACAUGUCACAAAUGCGAAGUCCAUUAUCAUCAUCGUCAUUGUCAUGAUUUAUUAUAUACAGUGGUGUGAAAAAGUGUUUGUGAUGUCUUAUUGUUUUGUAUGUUUGUCACACUUAAAUGUUUCAGACCAUCAAACAAAUGUAAAUAUUAGUCAAUGACAACACAACUGAACACUUGAUGCACUUUUUAAAUUAAACUUUUUAUUAUUAAGGGAGAGAAAAACAUCCAAAGCUACAUGGCCCUGUGUGGAAAAGUGAUUGCCCCCUAACUGGUUGGGCCCACCUUAGUAGCAACAACUGCAAUCAAGCGUUUGCCAUAACUUGCAAUGAGUCUCUUCCAGCGCUGUCGAGGAAUUUAGCAGAAUUGUUGUCAUUCAUUAAUGUCAUGCCACAGCAUCUCAAUAGGAUUCAGGUCAGGACUUGGACUAGGCCACUCCAAAGUCUUCAGCCAUUCAGAGGUGGACCUGCUGGUGUGUUUUGGAUCAUUGUCCUGCUGCAGAACCCAAGUUGCUUUCAGAUUGAGGUCACCGACAGAUCAGCACAAUUCAUGCUUCCAUUUAUCACAGCAAGUCUUCCGGGUCCUGAAGCAGACCAUCACACUACCACCCCCAUAUUUUACGGUUGGUAUGAUGUUCUUUUUAUGAAAUGCCAGAUGUAAUGGGACAGACACCUUCCAAAAAGUUCAACUUUUGAGUAUUUUCCCAAAGGUCUUGGGGAUCAUCAAGGUGUUUUCUGGCAAAAUUGAGACAAGCCUUAAUGUUGUUUUUGUUCAGCAGUGGUUUUGGUCUUGGAACUCUGCCAUGGCGACUGGGGAACUGUAGGUCUGACAUUGUGACUAGCAGCACAGGAACACUGCAGGGAACUGUGCUCUCUCUUGUUCUGUUUACUCUGUACACGUCCAACUUUCAGUACAACUCUGAGCUCUGCAAUGUACAGAAGAACGUGGACGACACAGCCAUCGUGGGAUGGAUCAGGAAUGGACAGGAGGAUGAGUACAGAAAAGUGUCUUUCUGAUGGUGGAGUCAUGAACACUGACUUUAACUGAGAUGUCACUUGGUGGUUCUCCUGUGACCGUCGUCCAGCUGCCAGGGGGCCAGUUACAGGUUCAAGGAGUGAUCCAGUCUCCUCAGUCAUCAGUCAUUCAGCCCCCACAGGCGCAGACUUCACAGGGUUCAGAUAGCGACGAUUCACAUGAUUCUUCAGACAGUGGAGCUACACCGCAGAAAACCAGAGAGCUACUGGCCAGACGACCAUCAUACAGAAAAAUCCUCAAUGAGCUUUCAUCUGAGGGAAUAUCACACACUGAGGGGAAGGACAGCUCCACCACCUCAGGAGUGACGGGUGUGACUAUACCUGCACCUAUUUACCAGACCACCACUGGCCAGUACAUUACCGUUACUCCGAAUGGAACCAUCCAGCUGACAAACCCAGGACCUGAUGGGAUUCAGGAACUGCAGGUAGCCAUGGCCAACCCGACUGGAGGCCAGCAGGGCACAACCAUCCUCCAGUAUGCUCAGACCCCUGACGGCCAGCAGAUAUUGGUACCUAGUAACCAGGUGGUUGUGCAGGGUGCAGGAGGAGAAGUACAAACGUACCAAAUCCGCACAGCACCAACAUCAGGCUCGCUGCCUCAAGCUCUGGUGAUGGCCUCGUCUUUGGGCCUUUCUCAGAGCAAGCCCGAUGAUCCGACAAUGAAGAGGGAAAUCAGGCUGGCAAAAAACAGGGAAGCAGCCCGCGAGUGUCGACGGAAGAAAAAGGAAUACGUCAAAUGCCUUGAGAAUCGAGUGGCCGUGCUCGAGAACCAAAACAAAACCCUGAUCGAGGAGCUGAAAACCUUAAAGGAACUUUAUUGCGUGAAAACGGGAUAACGUGCUGGAAGCGCAGAGACGAGCUGUGUCAGCUCGGUGGAUAUGAUCAGGGUUCUGGGAACACUUCAGGUUGAGAUCCUCCAUCUUUUUACUCUGCUUGAUAUAACAAUCAGAUAUAUACCUUUUAUAUAUCCCAACAACAACAAAAAGGACAUUUUUCCACCGAUUUGUUUUGUAUUUACUAAUGCUAUAACAUUUAUAGUUGUGUAUAUUUUUAAACUGGGAGGUUUGGAAUUGUGAGCUUUUUUUAGUCUCAAUUUCUAAAUGUCCUUUCCUGUUUUUGUUUUAUUUCUUGCUUGUGUUUUGAAGUAAAUGUUACUGCCUUGUUUUGUUUUUUAGGUCUCUGAAUAACAUUUACACAAUUUACACAAUUUGACUUAUUAAUUACUUCUGCAGCAGUUUCCCUUGUCCCCAAUAAGGAAAUUUUCAUUCCUUAUUUUUGUACAAAAGGAUAUAUAUUGGCUUAGGUUUUUAAGGGUAAACGUGACCAUUUCUCAGUCAUUACUUAGACAAUGGGGGGCAGAAUCUUGGAAGGUGCGGAGAUGUGGAGCGAUGUAUGAAGUAUUGCUGAUUCUGUGAGUAAAUAAUAUAUAUUUUCACUCGAUAUGUUUGUCUAUCUGUGAUACCGUUUCCCUGUCAUCAUUUGAUGCAGUAUCCCAUAAUAUGAGGCCGCAUCACUGCAGUCACCGGAGCCUCGAGGUGUUGAAUGUGGACUUGAGAAAAGCCAGCAGACUCCACAUCUUUCCAUGUGGCUCUGGUAACCGUGCAUCCGUCUCCAAUGUAGAACCACAAAGGCUCAAGUGUGUGCUGGAGGAAGUGUGUCCAGGCUGAGGUGCUUGACAUCACAUGUUCCAGAAAGAAGAAAGCUCCACCCUGGGAUGCACAAAAUGAAAUCACGCUAAUGGAAACACAGCGGAUGGAUGCAUAGCAGUUUAUCUUCACAGUUUUGUGCUUGUGUUGCUUCUCUCCAGCUAAGCUGCCUACCUGGUAGGUAUGCAUGAUCAUUUCAUCACAUGCUUUUCUUGGAAGGCAUAACCUUGUGCAUAUGUUGUUUUUGAAUGCAGCGCGUCAGACAAGUCUGCAAGUCUGGAGGUAGUGCAAGUAUUCCUGUAGUUCAUCACUUAAGUCUGACAGUGGGAGAGCUAGCAUUUAAAAAUACACAUGGUGUAACCCUACCUGCCCUGUCAUUGUGAUGGAACCUUUUCUAGGAUUAGGACGCAUAAUGUGGCUCAGCUCAUUUUUUAUUGGCCUGCAGCAUCACAUGUACAAAUACAAUUUUUAAAAACAGCAAAAAAUGGGGAAAGUAGAGCAAAAAGGCACAAUGUAAAGAGAAAGAACUGAACAAUUCAUACUAUAAGAACACAAAGCUGUCUUUAACUCAUUCAAUACCAAAGACGCGUUUAUACGGUUUUAUAAACCCAAACGCCCGAUCCCAAAGACGUAUUUAUAUUUUACGCUUUUUUACACCAGAGGCACAAAGAGGUGCAGACUAUAAAUUUUCAAGCAGUUUUAAGCCAUAAAAACGGCCACAAAGUGGCAGAAGUGCAUUUGCUAAGAGCUCGGCAGGGAUCUUUUACAUGUAAAAACACUGGACAGCAGGGAGGAAGUGGAAGAGCUUGAGUGUUGCGUGCAGAAGGUUACGCAUUGUUACGACAUUUUAAGGCAUGCACACGCAGGCACACAUAGUUCAGUUCCAAAUGUAAAAACUGUAAAUAGUUACUUGUGUUUUAUUUGUAAAUAAAUUAUUUUGAUGUUAAACAAGC